AUGCAGUUUGUAGAUGAGACUGUGGAGGGGGUUGCUGUGGAGUCUGUAUGGAGGAAAUCCCAGGAGAGCCGCUGCGAGUCUAAAAGCUGCCAGACACAGCCCAUCGCCACCGGAGAGUUAUCGGCACAAGUGGGCACAGUCAUUGAGGCUGGAACCCAGACUGAAUGGAAACAUGACCAGAGAGCCUUGGAUAUUGACCUUGGGCCACUUCUAGAUUAUCCAGAUGUGGGGAUGUUUCUCAAACGUGUGGAAGAAGAUAUGAUCAGAGAACUAAAGAAAAACUGGAGAAGUCAUGCAUUUGAUGGCUAUGAAGUGACCUGGGAAGAGCCAAAUUCACAGGUAUCUUGCUUGCACAGCUUGCAGUAUUUGGAGGCUGCAGCGAAACACCUUGAAGUUACUAGCGUCUCAUGGAAUUCAACUGGGUCAGUUAUUGGCUGUUCUUAUGGCAGGUUAGGAGAUGGAGAUUGGAGCACAGAAAAGUCUUAUGUGUGUACGUGGAAUCUGGACCGCCGUGGCUUCAACCCUAACCACCCUGAUGUGGUCCUAGAAGUGUCUAGUUCAGCUAUGUGUUUAGCAUUUCACCCCUCUCGUCCAUCUAUUAUAGCGGGUGGCCUUUAUAAUGGAGAAGUUCUAGUGUGGGAUACCAGUCGGGCAGAUGACCCCUUGAUUGGAAGGACUGGUCUUUCCAUAGACAGUCAUACAGAUACUGUGUACCAGGUGAGUUGGUUUCAGGAUCAGUCACAAGGUCAACGGCUGCAAGUGCUGAGCAUCUCUACAGAUGGGAAGAUCCUCGUGUGGCAGAUGGAAAAGGAUGGACAGCUUGUCCUAUUUGAUGGCUUUGCUCUUGUUACACAGCAAAUACCCAGCAACACAAAGAUUAACAAGCAUGGCCGAGGUGACACUGCAGUGGGUGUGAUGUGUCUGUCCUCCUCCCACUUUGACCCCAGCCUGUUCAUUGUUGGCUCUGAAGGAGGCUACUUGUUGAAGUGUUCUUCCACAGCACAGACAGUGGCCCUUACAAAUGUGGCUUCCUCCGUUCCUCUUAAAGCUCCAGCUCAGUUUACCUUCUCCCCCCAGGGAGGUCCUGUGUACAGCGUGGACUACUCACCUUUCCACAGGAAUCUUUUCCUGAGUGCAGGCACAGAUGGACAUGCUCACCUGUACUCCAUGCUGCAAUCAAAGCCUCUCAGCUCUCUGCAGUUGUCCCAGAAGUACCUCUUUAGCAUCCGCUGGUCCCCAGUGCGACCCCUGGUAUUUGCUGCAGCCUCAGGUGAAGGGCAUCUGCUGCUUUUUGACCUUGGAAAAAGCUCCCAGAAGCCAUCAUUAGUUAUAAAGCAGACAGACAACGAGAAGCCUGUUUAUUGUCUGGAGUUUAAUCGUGCACAAACCCGGGUCUUGGCUGCCGGGGAUGGAACUGGCACAGUGAAGAUAUGGCAGCUAAGUUCUGAUUUUACAGAGCAAGGAGUCCGAGAGGUGAACCUACUGGAUGAUAUGGCCAGCAAUCUCAUUGACUGA